AAAAUCACUGGCGCUGCCUGAGAGGAGCAGAGAGACAGACGCAAGACCGGGAGAGGAGGACGUGCGCGGUAUACGAGGACACGGAGACGGACGCGCGGAGGCUGCUUAACGGGGACACGCUACGGGAUAACUGCCGACAUGGAGGUGUCCGUCUGAGCAGAUCUCUCCAACAGGUCCACCGCAGCCGCGAGCAUGUCGACGGCAGAAGGAGCCGACCAGCUCGAGGAGGAGGAGGAGGAGUACGGAAGGGCGGCGAAGCGGCUGAAAACGGAGGAGAGGGAGAGGGAGACGGAGGAGAGGGAGGAGGGGGAGGAGGGGGAAGAGGAGCUGGAGGAGGGGGAGGAUUCGGACUCCGGCUCGCUGCCCGGUAACGCAGAGUCGGCGGGGGACAACCGGGCCCGGUGGAGCGCGAGCCAAUACGGAGCAGGACGGAAGGAUAACGGCGAGGACUCCCAUCGUAUCUCUCCCAGCCCUGUGGUCCACGUCAGGGGUCUGUGUGAGGCUGUGGUGGAAGCAGACCUGAUAGACGCCUUGGAGAAGUUUGGGUCCAUAUGUUAUGUGAUGAUGAUGCCAUUCAAGCGUCAGGCCCUUGUGGAGUUCUCCGCGGUGGAGAGCGCCGACCGCUGUGUGACCUGUGGAGCCAAGGAGCCUGUAUACAUUGCAGGCCAACAGGCGUACUUCAAUUACUCCACAUCCAAGAGAAUCACCAGGCCAACCAACGCUGACAACCCCAACAGUGGCAACAAGGUCCUCCUGCUGUCCAUACAGAAUCCCCUCUACCCUAUAACCACGGAUGUUCUGUACACAGUGUGUAACCCCAUCGGCAGCGUGCUGAGGAUCGUCAUCUUCAAACGAAAUGGAAUCCAGGCCAUGGUGGAGUUUGAGUCGGUUCAGUGUGCCCAGAAGGCCAAAGCUGCUUUGAACGGCGCUGACAUCUACGCUGGCUGCUGUACGCUCAAGAUCGAAUAUGCUCGGCCAACACGUCUGAACGUGAUUAAGAACGACAACGAGAGCUGGGACUACACUAAACCAUACCUGGUCAGACGAGACCGUGGAAAGGGAAGGCAGAGGCAGGCCAUUUUAGGAGAGCACCCAUCGUCCUACAGUGAUAACGGCUACGGUCCACCCUGCCCCCUGCUGCCUCUGCCUGGCAACAGCAGGUACAAGCUCACCUCAGCAGAUGUUCCAGACAUGGUGUCCUACCCGCUGCCCCAGUCCUCCUCCUCAUACUCUGCCCACGCCCCCAGCUCCGUUGCCAUGGUGAGCGGCCUCCAUUCAUCCAAGAUGAACUGCACCCGCAUCUUCAACCUCUUCUGCCUCUACGGCAACAUUGAGAAGGUAAAGUUUAUGAAGAGCGUUCCUGGCACAGCGUUGGUUGAGAUGGGAGAUGAGUAUGCUGUGGACAGAGCCAUCACUCACCUCAACAGCAUCAAGGUGUUUGGCAAGAGACUCAAUGUCUGUGUGUCCAAGCAGCACGCGGUCAUCCCCAGCCAGGUGUUUGAGUUAGAGGACGGCAGCAGCAGCUACAAGGACUUUGCCAUGACGAGGAACAACCGCUUCAGCAGCGCCGGACAGGCCUCCAAAAACAUCAUCCAGCCUCCAUCUGCAGUGCUGCACUAUUACAACGUUCCUCCAUGCAUCUCACAGGAACAUCUACUGAGGCUGUGUACGGAGCAUGACGUGCCUGGCUUCGUCAAAUUCAAGAUGUUUGAUGCCAAACCCUCCUCUAAGACCAUCUCCGGCUUGUUGGAGUUUGACAGUAAGACGGAGGCAGUGGAGGUUCUUACUGUUCUCAACCACUACCAGAUCAGGAUACCCAAUGGGUCCAACCCAUACACCCUGAAGCUGUGUUUCUCCACCUCGUCUCAUCUAUAAGAAGUUGCAGAGCACAAGAAGAGCCUAAUGAUGGCCGACCUCUGACCCGGGGGAGGGAGACGGGCCAUGAGAGACAGACUCACAGACAAGUAGAGAAAAGAUAUGAAAGAAGAUGAGAAUGAGAGAGAGACAGGUGUGGCCUUUAAAGGAGAUGAAGAUGAAAAUGUGUUAAGGAGAGCAAAGACACUGUCAUGGUCUCCAAACAACACGCACCCCCAUCAGCCCACCAUCCAAUCACAACUCAGCAAGAUGUACAUACUCUAAUAAUGACAGACAGACAGACAGACAGACAGACAGACAGGGACCUGCUCUGUUGAAUCUACUGUAUAAAUCUGAGUCCACUUCAUUGACGGUCAAAAAUCUCUAAAAUUCUAAUUUGUGCACAUGGUGACUAAAAUAAUGUUUAAUUUUUAAGAAAUGGAUGAAUACAGCGUGUUGAUUUUAAGUGUCAUUGAAUAUAUACAGUAAAUGUGGGUUACGGUUUUAAGACAAGUCCACAUGCAGGGCUCAUUAGUGCCACAUGACCUUUGACCUGGAGGCAGCAAGGCUAGAGGACAGAGGUGCCACUGUACUGCUUAGCCCAGAGUGAGAUAUCCUAACUACUGAUUAGUUGUUAUGUUUGCUGCUGAUAUUCAUGGUCCCCAGAGGAAGAGUAAUGGCUUUGGUGACCCUCUGACCUGACUCUUCCCCUAUUGCCAGCAUGAGGUCUAACUUUUCAGCCAACACUUUGAUCUACGACACGGUACCUGGAAAAUGAAUGAAAGGGUUUCCAAGAAAUUUCCCCUGAAUAUUCACGUUUCCAAGAGGAUGGAUUCAAACACUUUUAAAACAGUUUUUUCUUUAAGCCCUAUACCAUCAUCUGUCCCACCAUCACCAGAUGCAUUAACCUAAUUCUAACAUAUUAUGUCAAACUGUAAUGGGCAGAUUGUCAUGAUAAUUACUGAGAACUUUCAUUCUUCUCUGAGGAUAUCUUCUUAACAUUAUGGGCACUCAAUGAUCUUCCACCUCAGGCCAAAAUAUCAACUCUGUGUAGGAAAUAUCUGUAAUUUUUAGUCUCAGCCAUACUUCUGGUGACGCUCUAAGAACAGUAAAGCUAUUGUGUUUUUUGGUCUGUCUUUUUAACAGUGGGGUGUAAUGAUGACAGCCUCGAGGUGCGAGCAGGGAUUAAGACUUUGGGGCUUCUAGUUUGACAGCACCAAAAUAAAGCCAUGCCAAGUGACAGUAACUGCACUUGAGGAGGUAGAGCUAAGCAGAAAUAAUGAGCAGCACUGGUGGUCCAUGCAUUAUCUCAACUACUGUUACCGUGAACGUUCAUCUCAGCUAAACCUGAUACUAUUUCAGAAAAGUUAAGUUUAAGCUUCUAGACAAAAGGUUUCAUAUUAACCUUAGUAUUUCAGUAGUAUGUCUUCCAUUAUCAAAUUCCCUUUAUUAAAUAAUGGAAUGUUGUAGCACACAAUAAACUGUCAAAUAGUGAAGUGUAUCUGGUAGGGUCCUCUGACUUUACUGUGACCUUAACCUAAAUAGAAUUUAUUUACAGGUUAAUAUGUCAUCCAAAACUACCAUCUAUGUAAAGAUAUAGAGGAGUAAUGUCUACCUGAGCAGAGAAUGAAGUCUCUCUAUCUCUGUGUGUUGUUAUCAGAGCUUCCCCUCUCUUUGUUCACAUAGCCGGCUGGCUGCGUGACUUUUAGUGCAUGUUAGUGCCCCACUGGUUAGCUCACGGCCGCCGCUCUGCACUGCUCUGCACUGCUCUCAUGCGGCAGUUACAGCCGCUAAGACUGUCGUCAUGGAAGCUUAGCGCCUCCCUCUGAUUCCCCCUCCUGUAGACACUGUUAGCUCUGAAUGUUGUAUUGAGAACCAUUCAAAGGUUGUCAUAGGUCUAAAACAUGUGAUAGCUCUCUGUCAUGUGUAUAUACCAUCUUUGUUGCGUUGUAGAAAAGUGUUUUUCUGACAUGGUAUCAGUAUAACAUUAGAAGGACUGUUUGAAUCUGAUUUUGCCUAUGGGUCUAUACAUUUAUGCGUUAGUUAAGCAGAAUAACACAUCAGUGGUGACGUAUGGUAUUACUGCAGUCAGACCAGCAACCCUAGUCUUGAUUCUGAUGAUGGAAGGUAAAUUAUUUGGUAGAGCGGGCUAGAAUUACAAUAGUGUGGCGGUCCACUCCACACUGCUCUGCUCUCUGGGUUGUCCACGCUAGAUGUUGGGUUUUAUUCUAUGGGGAACUCUAUUAUAUUCCAAGGGUUUCAUCUAGAACCCAUCCAGGGUUCCUCAUGAGGCUCCUGAAGGGCCAAGGCUGAUGCAGCUCAACCCACAACCAUCAGGGUUCACAAUCACAGUUUUUGGUAAUAUGAAUGCUUGUAGAAUCUUUAACCACCCAUUCUGUCAACAAUCCUUAAAGAGGUCUUUCUUCGGAAAAGGCUUCUUUGGAUGAAAAGGGUUCUUCAUGAAACCCUAAGUCUUACUUAGUUUUGAAAAACCCUUUCUUCAAAAAAUAGUCUUUCAAAUGCAAAUGGUUCUGGGUGGAACCUCAGUCCUUCAGGAACAACCUUUCUGGAACCCUUUCUUCAGUACUGCUCAGCAUUACAGUUGAGUACAUGGUGCGACCCAACACAGGUCAGGUUUUAACGCUACAUCCACACUACUAUGUUUCCGUUUCAAAAUGUUUAUCGUUUGCUACGUUUCGGGUCCAUACCACUUCAGCUUUUUAGAACCCCUAAAAUGGAGAGGACUGAAAAUACUGCUAAGGCAGUUUUAAUUUGAAAACUCCAGGGAUGCGUCGUUGUGUGGAUUGGAGGAAACGGGCACCUUUUGAAAAUGAUUUUGCAGACACCCACGUUCAUUUCCUGAUUGGGUCUUAUUAAUCACCAUGUGUCCAACCCUGAUUUGUAUUGAGGUGGAAGAACAACUGCCUUGAUUAACGAUCGCUUACCAGGUUAACUCAGUAUGGAGAACAGAUUACAGGCGUUGCUGACUUUGUUUUCUAUACUAGCAGCUGUUGUGCGCUUAAAUUCUGCAUUUAAUAAUGCUAAUGCUGCCGACAUAAGGAAGAAGCAAGCUGUUAUUGGAGUGCUCUGCCACCGGCGUGUCCAGCGGUGUUAUCAGCCCUACGGAGUGGACGUUUUAAGUCCCGGUUUGCUUUAAGGAGGGCAAUGGACACUAAAUGUAGGACUCUGUUUUCUUAUUAAUGCUUAUUUCGUUCUGCACAACUAUUGUGAAGUUCAAAAAGAAACUGUAAACAAACAAAAGCAUAAGUGCUUUCCAGUGCGACAGAGCUAGAAUAUAAAAACAGACAACAACAAAUGUGAGGAAACGAGACGUGGGUUGACCAAAAUUUGAGUAAAGGAAUAUUAUACAGGAAAAUCUUAAGAAUCCAGCAACCUUUAUGAUUCAAAAGUACAAUAAAACUCUCUUGUGUUUUCUGUUACAAAACAAACAAUCUACUUCCUAUUUACACCGGCACCCACAUGCCCAGUGUAACUAAAUAGUCAUGAGAUAUUCGUUUUCAAGCUUGUUAGUAUGGACGGAAAUCAUUUCUAAAACAGUGUGGACGGAGAUCGUUUUAUGUUGUAAAAACACAUUUUAAAAGGAAAUCGUAUUAGUUUGGACUGGCCUUGGUACAGCAUAACCUUUUUAAAUGCACCUGAAAUAUAUAUUACUCGUAUACACUGCUUUUUAAAAUGGAGUGCACAGGUAAUGCAAUAUCUGUAUGUCAAAAUCGAACCAGGAAGUAGCACUUUGGUAUUAAUCUAAUGCUCACCUUUCUUAAGAAUGAGCUGAUCUUACCUUACAACCCUCUAUCAAUUCCAUCAUAGUUGUACCUUAAUAUCACCUCUGGAGAUAAUGCUUAUGUUCAUUUAAAAAAUAAAUGUAUACCUAUUUGCACUGCGCAUGGAAAACUACUGGAAUAACAUAAUAUUAAAGUGUCUUAUUUUUAUAAUGUAAUGCUCAUACAAGAUUUUUUUUUUUGUUGGUGUAUUUUGCAUAACGUGAAUAAAUAGGCUACCUAAAAUCAGAGCGGAUGAUUGGACACACUGGACGUCUUGGAGGACAGUGGUUUGGUGAAGCACAGUCUCUGUUCCAUCCUGUGUCUGAUGUAGGACAUGCCGAUUUUAUUGCUCCAAUAAAAUCACACUUGAAUUGUGAAUUAAUACAUGCGUUUGUACAUAGUAUGUAAAUAAGGAAAAGGUGUGAAACGUUUUGACAGAUGAAUCCCAGUUAGUCUGCAGUUAAAUUAUUGCUCAUUUAGAUGUUGUUUGUAUGUCUCUUGCGGCACUUGAAUCUUACUGUAUUUCUAAGGUUUUAUUUAUUCCUUUUAACGUUUUUUAAGCCUUUAAGGGGGUUUGAUACAUGAGGGCUGUUGUUACUCUGAACCUGAUGUGAGUUUUUCAUCACAGGACUGACAGUAUGAGACAAAUCCACAUGUUUCUCAUGAUUUUGAGGCUGUAAAGGUUUAAUGUUGUUAGUAGUCUGUAAUGACUUACAAAAUACAUAGAACUAUUCCAUUCAUUUAAGAAUAUCUGUGGUUGUAAUUUAUAUGUACAUGUCCAAAUGUAAUAAAUUCAAGUUUGCAGUUGUAAUGUCAGCUACAAACAGCU